CCCUACCCCUGAGGAGUUGCCCGGUGCUGGCGCUGAAUGAUUGCAUCAUCGGAAGCAGGCGCCCACCUCAUCCCCGUUUGACUUCUGACAUGCCUGCCCUGACGUCAUAACCCGGCGGAGGUAGAUGUCCAGGACUCCAUGGAGCCCAGAGGAACCAAGAGAGCCCCUGGGAAGAUAGAAGUCGCUGAGCCCCGGAGCAAACUCCCCCGCGGGGCCCCAUCACUACCCACAGACCCCGCCCUCUACUCGGGGCCCUUCCCCUUCUACCGGCGCCCUUCCCAGCUGGGCUGCUUCUCCCUGGAUGCACAGCGCCAGUACCACGGAGAUGCCCGAGCACUGCGCUAUUACAGCCCGCCCCCUGUCAAUGGCCCGGGCCCUGACUUUGACCUCAGAGAUGGAUACCCUGAUCGCUACCAGCCCCGGGACGAGGAGGUCCGGGAGGGCCUGGACCACCUGCUACGCUGGCUCCUGGAGCACAGAGGCAAGCUGGAGGGGGGUCCAGGCUGGCUGGCAGGGGCUGUUGUGACGUGGCGGGGGCACCUGACAAAACUGCUGACCACACCAUAUGAGCGGCAAGAAGGCUGGCAGCUGGCGGCCUCCCGGUUCCAGGGGACGCUGUACCUGAGUGAGGUAGAGACCCCGGCUGCGCGGGCUCAGAGGCUUGCUCGGCCACCCCUCCUCCGGGAGCUCAUGUACAUGGGGUACAAGUUUGAGCAGUUCAUGUGUGCAGACAAACCUGGAAGCUCCCCAGACCCCUCCGGGGAGGUUAACACCAACGUGGCCUUCUGCUCGGUGCUACGCAGUCGGCUGGGAAACCACCCUCUGCUCUUUUCGGGGGAGGUGGACUGCACAGACCCCCAGGCCCCAUCCCCACAGCCUCCGGCCUGCUACGUGGAGCUCAAGACCUCCAAGGAGAUGCACAGCCCCGGCCAGUGGAAGAGCUUCUAUAGACACAAGCUCCUGAAAUGGUGGGCUCAGUCGUUCCUCCCAGGGGUCCCCAACGUUGUUGCCGGCUUCCGUAACCCAGAGGGGGUCGUCUGUUCACUCAAGACCUUCCCUACUAUGGAGAUGUUUGAAUUCGUCAGGAAUGACCGUGACGGCUGGAACCCCUCUGUGUGCAUGAACUUCUGUGCCGCCUUCCUUAGCUUUGCCCAGAGCACAGUGACCCAGGAUGACCCCAGGCUUGUCCACCUCUUCUCCUGGGAGCCUGGCGGCCCAGUCACUGUGUCGGUACAUCAAGAUGCACCCUAUGCCUUCUUGCCUGCGUGGUAUGUGGAAGCCAUGACCCAGGACUUCCCACCACCUCCCAAGACGCCUUCCCCCAAGGACUAAUGCUUCGCUGGCCUGUCUGUACAGAUAAUAAAGGUGUAUUUCUAAAA